CUCCAAAACAGAACAGUGUUCUUCUUUCCUGUCCUUUUCCUUCUCCAACCUUUACUCACACUUUCCCAAAUACAAACACACAUUUUCCUCCUUCCCAAACUGAACACCCCACCACUUGCCCCGGAUUUGGAUUUCCCAGGGAAUUUGUCUUCUCCUUCCGAUUCCUUCUCUCUUCCUCCACUCCACCAGGUAUGCAUAAUCAAACUCAAACCCUUUCCCCAAAUUCCCUCACAAUUCUCACUUCUCUUCGUUUCCAAGCAAACUUUAAUUCCAUACACUUUCAACCGUUCACGCUUAACCUGCUUUCAUUUCUUUAUUCUCUAUACACAAUGACCAGAAACUGGUGUAUUUGAGGAACUCUUGUUUUCCUUUUCAGUUUUGAGCUGAAGAUAGUUAGGUUCACAGCUUACGCUUCAGUUGAUUAUAGUUUAUUAUUAGGGAUUGGAAUUUAAGGUUGGCGUUGAAAUUAGGGUUUUAAGUUAGUUUGGCGACAAUGUCUCCUCUUCAAACAUCGGAGGCCGAUGAUGGUGCCGAUUACUCGUUUGCCGUGGAAUACAGUGGCCCACCGGUGGGUUACGAUCUCCCCCGUGCCGUUCCGAUCAACGUUGAACGGAUUCCGGUGGCGGCGGUGGUCGGCCAGGUCUCCUUGUCCGAUAAACUGUCGUUGCCGGUUGUGCAACCGCUGUUAGCUCUGGAUCCUCGGAGCAAAAAGUUCUCCAAAGAGCUAAAAACGUUGGGCCCUGAGUCUAAUACAACGGUUUCUCCGACUUCGGUGAUUGCGUUCGAACGGAGUAAUGAGAGUGGUUGUGAUUGCAAAGAGGUAGAGUUAGUUUCUGAAGCAACUGUGUCUCCGACUUCUGUUAUUGCCUUUGAGGAGAGAGAGGCGGGCAAUCAUGGGUGUCUUAUGUCGGGUGAGCUGAGUAGCUCAUUUUCGAAUGGGCAUUAUGGGUCUGGUGAAUUAUCCGAUGUGGCUAACAGCUCCAGGGCAUUGGGGUUGUCGUCUAUUAGUCAUGAGCGUUCGCAAGAGUUACUAGGUGGAGGUGGGAGCUCAAGCACGAUAGAGUUUUCCGAUAGUUUCGAUAAGUCGCUAGGGAGCUCAAUGGCGUUGAGGGUUUCAAAUGGUGGGAAGGAGAGUUUAGACUCUACUAACGACUUGAAUCAAGCGGAUUGGGCGUCGAAUGAGUCAGUCUUGAGUAUGGAUUACCCGUCAUCUCGAGUUUCUUCUAUUAAGGCAGUGGAUUGUAAUAAUGAAUCGACUUAUGAUGUUAGACGGCCGCCUGUUGUAACUUUUCGUGAUGUUGAGUCUGAUGGUGCUUUUGAUGAGGAAUAUACUCAGGAUGAGCCUGAGACUAUGCCUGCAAAGAGAGUGCCCCUAACUAAAGGGAAGAAGGGAUCGUGCUAUCGAUGCUUUAAGGGAAACAGGUUCACUGAAAAGGAGGUUUGCGUUGUUUGUGAUGCAAAGUAUUGUAGUAAUUGUGUGCUUAGAGCUAUGGGAUCCAUGCCAGAAGGUAGGAAAUGUGUUACUUGCAUUGGAUUCCCUAUUGAUGAGUCAAAACGAGGAAAUUUGGGGAAGUGCUCUCGGAUGCUUAAGCGUCUGCUUAAUGACUUGGAGGUUCAACAGAUAAUGAGGGCUGAGAAGUUGUGUGAAGUAAAUCAGCUACCACCAGAGUAUGUUUGUGUGAACGGAAAACCUCUUUCUCAUGAGGAGCUGGUUAUAUUGCAAGCCUGCCCAAACCCACCAAAGAAGGUCAAACCAGGGAACUAUUGGUAUGAUAAAGUAUCUGGUCUUUGGGGAAAGGAAGGACAGAAGCCUUCAAAGAUUAUUAGUCCCCACCUGAAUGUCGGGGGUCCCAUUAAGCCAGAUGCUAGCAAUGGAAACACUCAAGUUUUUAUAAAUGGUCGGGAGAUUACUAAAGUUGAGCUUCGGAUGUUACAGUUGGCAGGCGUUCAGUGUGCUGGUAACCCACACUUUUGGGUGAAUGACGAUGGGUCAUACCAAGAAGAGGGACAGAAGAACACAAGAGGGUAUGUUUGGGGCAAGGCUGGAACGAAGCUUGUUUGUGCUCUCUUGUCACUGCCUGUUCCUUCUAAAGUUUCAAAUUCUUGCGGAGAACAAAUAAGGAAUCUGGUUAACAGAACUGUCCCUGACUACCUUGAGCAGAGAACACUUCAGAAGCUUCUCUUAGUUGGAUAUAAUGGAUCUGGGGCGAGUACUAUAUUUAAGCAGGCCAAGAUUCUUUAUAAAGACAUCCCUUUUUCCGAGGAAGAGCGGGAUAAUAUUAAGUUGAAGAUCCAGAGCAAUGUAUAUGGCUAUCUUGGAAUACUCCUCGAGGGUCGUGAGCAUUUUGAAGAAGACAGCCUGGAUGAGUUGAAGAAAAAACAUUCUUCUAGUAUAAUUGACCCCUCAGGGAGCACUGAUGCCAAUGAUGGCAAGACUAUUUAUUCCAUUGGCCCAAGGCUGAAAGCUUUCUCCGAUUGGCUUCUCAAAACUAUGGUGUCAGGCAAUUUGGAAGCUAUCUUUCCAGCUGCUACUCGUGAAUAUGCUCCGUUGGUUGAGGAGUUAUGGAAUGAUUCAGCCAUUCGGGCCUCAUACAAUCGGAGAAAUGAAUUAGAAAUGCUACCAACUGUUGCUAGUUAUUUCUUAGAGCGGGCCGUUAAUAUAUUGAGAACAGACUAUGAGCCGUCAAAUUCAGAUAUCCUAUAUGCUGAGGGUGUUACUUCAUCGAAUGGGCUUGCUAGUGUGGACUUUUCAUUUUCCCAGUCAGCACCUGAUGAUGACAUUGAUGCUGCUGAUCAGCAAGAUUCUUUGCUUAGGUACCAGCUAAUUAGAGUACAUUCAAGAGGCUUAGGAGAAAACUGCAAGUGGUUGGAGAUGUUUGAAGAUGUUGGAAUGGUCAUCUUCUGUGUUUCCCUUGGUGAUUAUGACCAGUUUUCUGUUGAUGAGAAUGGUUAUAUCACUAACAAGAUGAUGCAGAGCAGAAAAUUGUUUGAAAAUAUUGUGACUCAUCCAACAUUUGAUCAGAUGGACUUCCUUUUGAUACUAAACAAAUUUGAUCUAUUUGAGGAAAAGAUAGAACGAGUACCAUUGACUCAGUGUGACUGGUUUGAUGAUUUUCAUCCAGUUAUCAGCCGGCAUCGCUCCAACAGCAGCAGCAACAGCAACAAUAUCAAUAAUAGCCCCUCGCUGGGUCAGUUGGCAUUCCACUACAUUGCAGUGAAGUUCAAGAGACUUUAUUCUUCUCUCACUGGGCAGAAGUUGUAUGUUUCUCUGGUGAAAGGGUUGGAGCCUGAUAGUGUUGAUACAUCUCUUAAAUAUGCAAGAGAGAUUCUGAAGUGGGAUGACGAGAGGGCCAAUUUUAGCUUGAGUGAGUAUUCGAUUUAUAGCACCGAGGCCAGCUCCUUCUCUCAUUGAUGUCCAGUUCAGAGAAGGCUUGUAAAUGGGUUAUCUUCCUGUUUGACAUUUUUCUUGCCAGUGUACAUAUAAUGGCAAGUAACUGGACAAGAGAAGAUUGCUUCCUUGCCGGGGGGCUGUUGCUGCUUCAGGAGAUUGGCAUGACCAUUUUGGUAGUGAGAAUCUGAAUCUCUUGCAGCAAAUGGUGCACACGUAGCUCAUUGCCACACAAAUUGCAUGAAGUGUUCGAUUUAUCAUGUCAUUAUAUGGUGAAGCAAUCAUUUGAUGUGUUUUUGUACGAUGGAUAUGUAGCCGUGCCAUCUUUGAACAUGAUUUGAAAUAUUCAUUUGUAAUAGAGAAGAUGAAAUGCGACAGGUAUAUGUAGCAUUGUAGCAAACCCUAUGAUCUUUCCUAUAAUAUUACCAUUUUGUACAGAA